GCUCGGCGGGCCGGCGCGGAGGGGAAGCCGGAAGCAGCCACGGCCCGGCGCGGGAGCCAUGGCGGGCGUCAAAGCUCUGGUGGCGCUGUCCUUCAGUGGGGCGAUCGGGCUGACGUUUCUCAUGCUGGGAUGUGCCUUGGAGGAUUAUGGCGUGUACUGGCCCCUGUUCGUGCUGCUCUUCCACGCCAUCUCACCCCUGCCCCAUUUCAUCGCCAAGAGGGUCACCUAUGACUCGGAUGCCGCCAGCAGCGCUUGCCGGGAGCUGGCCUACUUCUUCACCACCGGGAUCGUCGUUUCCGCCUUUGGGUUCCCUGUCAUUCUGGCUCGCGUGGAUGUGAUCAAGUGGGGAGCCUGCGGCCUUGUGCUGGCAGGCAAUGCUGUCAUCUUCCUGACAAUUCAAGGCUUUUUCCUGGUCUUCGGAAGAGGAGAUGAUUUCAGCUGGGAGCAGUGGUAGCGCUUGCUCGCCGGCCGAGAGCGCGGGUUCUGCGGCUUCGUACUCUACGCGUGCGCGUGGCGCUCACUGGCGUCUGUAUGCGAGAUUUAUGCUUUUCUAUCAUGACCACUUAGGGAAGGCUUCAGAAGUACGGCAUUAGUUUUCUUUCCAGCAGGUAGAGAUCGGAUUGUAGUGCUUGCUGGGUUGCUCACAGGGCCAUGACGUGCUCAGAACAGGCGUCGGCUCCGCGCGAGGGCGACUGCUUCCUUGGCCAGGGCUCCAGGGCCCUGAGAGUCGGCUUCCUACAUGUCCAGGCCCGCACUUCUCCAGAUAGGGUCCACAGGUCAAGGGAGGCAGCGGCAUCUUGGGCCGCCUUAGAAACGCAGGGCUGAGGGCCCAGCCCAGACCCAGUGUGUUUCUGGGAGCUCUCGUGGGUUCGCAUACACAUUCAUGCUGGAGAAGCUUUGCCCUGGAAGAAUAAGUGUGGUUCCUGACUUCCUAACCCCGCUUCGGCUCAGCCGCUUAACCUCAGGGGGCAUCGCCGGCUCCCUGUGGAGCCUGUGGGGUGUUCACACGUGUAGGAUACGGGCUGCUUGUCACAUCUGGCAAGUGUUCUCAGCAGGGAGCGGAUGUGCCAUCCCUACCUGGAAGCCAGUGGCUGUUGUCACAGUGCUGGGCACAGAGUGACCCUGGAGCCCUGCUGGGGUGUGGGGCUGGGAAGAGUGGGGGCAAUCCUUUGUCACUGCCUUUUGUAAGCGCCCCGCCCAGCCUGGCCCUCAGCAGGGCCUGGCCUGUGGCCCUCUCCUCUUGCUGGCUCCGACUUCUGCUUCCUAGGCAGCCAGCAGAGGGUGAUCACGUAGUGUUACUGAGGUUUUGGUGUACGUCUUAGCAUUCAUGUGAAACUCUAAGCCACUCGUAAAUGGAGCGUUAGCGAUGCAGCGUCUGCACCUCGUCUGUUUAUCCACACCUGUUGAGCAAAGGAAACACCCAGUGGAUCCACUUGAUCUGCUUAACCACCGGUGAUUUGAAAGCACUGCUGUGUGGCCGCCCGUGUGUGGAACACUUCGCCUGAGGUUCGGGCCCCCCGCCAGCGCUCCCUCCCGCCUCCUGGACGGAAGAGCAUCAUCCCUAGUUCCUGGUCCCUGGAGGAGAAUGUGCAGUGCUGCCUUUGGACCCUGUGCAUGAGCUUGAGUUUUCAGUGUUCUGUUUACAUAUAGAGUUGUUCAAGUUGUUACUCUCAAUAUUUACAUUAGAAAAAUUAUGUACUUUAUCAUUUUAACCAGCAUUUCUAAUCAUGACACUUACUGUAUUAUAAUAAAUUUCACUUUUAACA